AUGAGAAAUCUAAAGUUAUUUCGCAGCUUGGAGUUCAGGGAUAUUCAGGCUCCAGGGAAACCUCAGUGCUUCUCUCUCCGAACUGAACAGGACACAGUGCUCAUUGGCUCAGAACGUGGACUGAUAGAAGUAGACCCUGUCACAAGAGAGGUGAAAAAUGAAAUUCCUCUGGUGGCAGAAGGCUUUCUCCCAGAGGAUGGAAGUGGCUGCAUUGUUGGUAUUCAGGAGUUGCUGGAUCACGAGUCUGUGUGUGUGGCCACAGCUUCUGGAGAUGUCCUACUUUGCAAUCUUAACACACACCAGCUGGAAUGUGUCGGGAGUGUAGCCAGUGGUAUCUCUGUCAUGAGUUGGAGUCCUGACCAAGAGUUGGUGCUUCUUGCCACAGGUCAACAGACCCUAAUUAUGAUGACAAAAGAGUUUGAACCAAUCAUGGAACAGCAAAUCCACCAGGAUGAUUUUGGUGAAAGCAAGUUCAUCACUGUUGGCUGGGGCAGGAAGGAGACGCAGUUCCAUGGAUCAGAAGGCAGGCAAGCCGCCUUUCAGAUGCAAAUGCACGAGUCUGCUUUGCCCUGGGAUGACCAUAGACCACAAGUUACCUGGCGUGGUGAUGGACAGUUUUUUGCUGUGAGUGUUGUUUGCCCAGAGACAGGGUCUCGAAAGGUCAGAGUGUGGAGCCGGGAGUUUGCUUUACAGUCAACCAGUGAGCCUGUGGCAGGACUGGGACCUGCUCUGGCUUGGAAGCCCUCAGGCAGUUUGAUUGCAUCUACGCAAGAUAAACCCAAUCAGCAGGAUGUUGUGUUUUUUGAGAAAAAUGGACUUCUCCAUGGACAUUUUACACUUCCUUUCUUUAAAGAUGAGGUUAAGGUUAAUGACCUUCUCUGGAAUGCAGAUUCCACUGUGCUUGCAGUUUGGCUGGAAGACCUUCAGAGGGAAGAAAAUUCUACUCUAAAAACCUAUGUUCAGCUCUGGACUGUUGGAAACUAUCACUGGUAUCUCAAGCAAAGCCUGCCCUUCAGCACCUGUGGGAAGAGCAAGAUUGUGUCUCUGAUGUGGGACCCGGUGACCCCAUACCGGCUGCAUGUUCUCUGUCAAGGCUGGCAUUACCUCUGCUAUGACUGGCACUGGACGACUGACCGGAGCUCAGGAGAGAAUUUAAGUGACAUGGCAAAUGUGGCUGUUGUUGAUGGAAACAGGGUAUUGGUGACAGUCUUCCGGCAGAGUGUGGUUCCACCUCCCAUGUGCACCUACCGACUGCUGCUCCCACACCCUGUAAAUCAAAUCAUGUUUUCGGCACACCCUAAAAAGAGCAAUGACCUUGCUGUCCUAGAUGCCAGUAACCAGAUUUCUGUUUAUAAAUGUGGUGAUAGUCCAAGCAUAGACUCUACAGUGAAACUGGGAGCUGUGGGUGGAAAUGGAUUUAAAAUUUCUCUUAGAACACCUCAUCUGGACAAGAGCUACAAAAUUCAGUUUGAGAACAGUGAAGAUGAAGAAGUAAACCCACUGAAGCUCGGCCUUCUCACCUGGGUUCAGGAGGACGUUUUCCUGGCUGUGAGCCACAGUCAGUCCAGCCCACAGUCUGUCAUUCACCAUCUGACUGUGGCCCCUUCUGUGAUGGAUGACGAGCAGGGACAGCUCAACAUUAGUUCAUCUGUGACAGUGGAUGGGGUCAUAAUCAGUCUUUGUUGCAACUCCAAGACCAAGUCAGUAGCACUGCAGGUGGCUGAUGGUCAGAUACUUAAGUACCUUUGGGAAUCACCCUCUCUGGCUGUUGAACCAUGGAAGAACCCUGGUGGAUUUCCUGUUCGAUUUCCUUAUCCGUGCACACAGACCGAACUGGCCAUGGUUGGAGGAGAGGAAUGUGUCCUUGGUCUGACUGAUAGAUGUCGCUUUUUCAUCAAUGACGCUGAGGUUGCUUCAAAUAUCACAUCAUUUGCAGUACAUGAUGAGUUUUUAUUAUUGACGACUUAUUCCCAUACUUGCCAGUGUUUUUGCCUGAGACAUGCAUCAUUGAAAACAUUACAGGCAGGUCUGAGCAGCAGCCAUGUGUCUAAUGGGGAAUCUCUGCGGAAGGUGGAGAGGGGUUCACGCAUUGUCACUGUUGUGCCCCAGGACACAAAGCUUAUAUUACAGAUGCCAAGGGGAAACUUAGAAGUUGUUCAUCAUCGAGCCCUGGUUUUAGCUCAAAUUCGGAAGUGGUUGGACAAACUAAUGUUUAAAGAAGCAUUUGAAUGCAUGAGAAAACUGAGAAUUAAUCUCAAUCUGAUUCAUGAUCAUAAUCCUAAGGUGUUUCUUGAAAAUGUGGAAACCUUCAUAAGACAGAUAGAUUCUGUAAAUCAUAUUAAUCUGUUUUUCACAGAAUUGAAGGAAGAAGAUGUUACAAAAACCAUGUACCCUCCACCAGUUACCAGCACUGUCCAGCUGUCCAGCGAUCCUGAUGGGAAAAAAGUAGACCUUAUCUGCGAUGCUAUGAGAGCAGCCAUGGAGAACAUCAAUCCUCACAAGUACUGCCUAUCAAUACUCACCUCUCACGUGAAAAAAACAACCCCAGAACUGGAAAUUGUGCUGCAGAAGGUACACGAGCUUCAAGGAAGUGCUGCACCUGUUCCUGAUGCUGUGAGUGCUGAAGAGGCCCUGAAGUAUUUGCUGCUGCUUGUAGAUGUUAAUGAAUUAUAUGAUCAUUCUCUUGGGACCUAUAACUUUGAUUUGGUCCUCAUGGUAGCUGAGAAGUCACAGAAGGAUCCCAAAGAAUACCUUCCAUUUCUAAAUACACUUAAGAAAAUGGAAACGAAUUAUCAGCGGUUCACUAUAGACAAAUAUUUGAAACGGUAUGAAAAAGCCAUUGGCCACCUCAGCAAAUGUGGACCGGAGUACUUCCCAGAAUGCUUAAUCUUAAUAAAAGAUAAAAACUUGUAUAACGAAGCUCUGAAGUUAUAUCCACCAAACUCGCAGCAGUACAAGGACAUCAGCAUUGCUUACGGGGAACACCUGCUGCAGGAGCACCUCUGUGAGCCAGCAGGGCUCGUGUUUGCCCGCGCUGGUGCCCACGAGAAAGCUCUCAGUGCCUUUCUGGCUUGUGGCAGUUGGCAGCAAGCUCUCUGUGUGGCAGCCCAGCUUCACUUGACCAAAGACCAGCUGGCUGGCCUGGGCAGAACUCUGGCAGGAAAGCUAGCUGAGCAGAGGAAGCACGGCGACGCAGCCACAGUUUUGGAACAGUACGCCCAG